AUGCUUAUUCCUCAUGCUGGUUUUGUCCCUGAAGGCCCCCAACCGAUGGAAGUUGCACCUGUGGAAGUAACGGAUAUUGUGGAUACCCAAGCAGCGGAAGAUCCACCUUCAGCACGGUUUACAUGGACGAUUGAGAAUUGUUCGAGGAGAGUGCUUAUAUUUCCGAAAGGGAAUAAUGUUGAACAUUUGUCGAUGUAUCUGAAUAGUAUCUUCAAGACAUUGACAUUGUAUCAAGUCGUUUUCAGAGGAAAUAUUUAUGGUGCUUGGGAACAAUACCUUUGGUUAGAGCGCUCUGAUAAUGUUCCAAAACGGUCUUAUGCAGCUAGUCAGAACUGUCAUACAUAUGAGAAACCUGUUAGGAUCUACAAUUAG